AUGGAAGUUUGCCUCCGGGUUCAUUUGUCAGGGCUCAAAUCCUACUUCUGCGGCUCAGACAAGUUCUGGAACUUCUUCGACAUGUUCCUGUUGUUCACCGGCCUCACCGACAUUGUGGUGGAGCUGGCCGUUCAGUCCACCGCGGACAUGACUGGAGCCUCACUCUUGCGCUUUUGCCGGCUGGUGCGGCUGGUUCGAGUGGUGAAGGUCUUCCGAGUCAAGUACAUGAAGGAGCUCCGACUCAUGGUCAAGGGCUUGGUGGGCGGCUUCCGGACGCUCUUCUUGUCCUUUGCUUUGCUUUUCGCGGUGCUUUAUGCGACUGGGAGCGACAGAGGUUUCUGGAAUGUGCACAUUGUCUUGCAGAUUUGCUAG